UCAUGAGGCCCCCCCGGUUCAGUCUCCCCGGGCAACUACUCCCCUCGGCUCGCCCCGGUGUAAUCGGAUGAGGGCGCCGAGGAGAGGACACGGGAGAAAGCAUUUUCUCUCCUUGCCUCCUGGCCAGGACCCCUAUACCACUGGACUCCUGUCCACUGGACCCCCGAGAACUGGACCCUGCAUUCGGGGAUUUGGGAAUUCUGGACACGCACACAGCGCUGCCCAGGUAGAGGCAGGGCUGCGCUGACGCUCCCCAGCAUCUCCAUGGUAGCGGGCAAGGUGCACCACAGGUGUAAUCUGCCGCCGCCCGGCGCAGCGCCCGCAGGAGGAGAGGAGUCGGGAGCGGAGUCGGGCGAGGAGGCACGCCGCACCUGCACGGAGGCCGAUGCGUUACAACCUGGCGCCGGCGGCCCGGAGCCGGCACCCGAGGCCGUCGCGCCCGCCAACCCGGAGCCGCAGGAGUCCGUGCUCACGUUUCUGAGCAAGCGCUUCGGCAUGCUGGCGCUCUUCGGGAGGGCCAUCCCAGGACCCAUUCCCAUCGUGAAGGUGCCGAUGAUCGCGGCCGGUGACGGCGACAGCGUGAAAGAGACGGCUGUGACGGCGGUGGUUGAAACGGAGACCGACGGGAGGGGAGCAUCGGUGCGCGCUGAGUCCACCGUUCAGACACCGGGCGUGGAGGUGGAUGCUCACUCGGCUGACGGGGAUGACCAUGGGGAUGUCGCGGCUGGGGUGGAUGUGGGCAAUAUAAACAGCAGCCACGGUUGUGAUGCACAGCGGGACAACACGGUGUCACAACCGGAGCCACCGGCCGGUGUUGACAGCGACCGCAUACCCGAUCCCCGGGUGACUCGGUGCGAGAUGGUGCCCGCGAUUUUGGAAAAAGUUGCGGGCGAUGAUGGUGACGACAAUGAGGAUGACUCCGGGGUGGAGAGCCAACUGGCAACGCCGUCGUCUGAUAGGGGCGAGACGGACAGCAACGCCGGCAGGGGCUGCGACGCCGGCAGGGAGAGCAACGUCGCCACGGCCACCCCCACCAUCGCCGAUCGGCCGUUUGAUCCUCCGGAGCAGCUUGAGUUCAUCGAUGCAGACGAAACGAGCCGAGAGGCCCCCCCUUACUGCGCCGCUGACGAAACAGUGGGCAGUGGCGGCCCCCCCGCGCCGACGGUAGCAGCUGAUGUGGCCGCUGCCGGUUCCGUCGUCGCUGAUUCACCUACGGUCGACUCGACCCCACCGAGCGCUCUGCCUCCGUCCGACGAGCCGAGCAACGGAGCGCGGCAUGCCGAUCCAGUUCCGGCCAACGGCCCACACCGUUCCAGUGGUACGCCAGCUGGAGAUUGUCUGGAAACGAAUUUGGUGAGCGGCGAUGCCCGUGAGACCGGUGCGGCCGGGCCCACCGAGUCUGAUGGUGAGAGGUCGCGUUCGUCUUCAUCGGCGGCGCUGGGGUCGGCGUCGAGCGUGACCUUAAGCGAGGGCGGCUGCUCAGACUCGUCAUCCGGUCUGGCAUCCCCGGCGCACCACGGCUACGUCCACACGAGACAGCGUGCGGACACGAGUGCCUCGCUGCCGCGGCCGGACAGCCUGAGCAUGGGCACCGGCGGCGCCACCAACAAGUCGAUGCCCGACCUCGUCUUUCGGAAAACGUCGCCUGUUCUCACCAGCCCCGGCGGCGGUGACGACGACACUGAUAAAAAAUCCCAGCCAGAGCCGGACUCGCACAGCUUCCUGUCGCGCCUGCCGAACAUCUUCAGCGGCCUGCGCAUCAUCAAGAUUGGCGGCAGCGGCGGUGGCGGCAGCGAGGAGUCGGUGACGGAGAUCAAGCUGAAGGACACCGACCUGGCCGUGAUGAAGCUCAAGAAGGCGGUGCAGAGCAAAGUCCAGCUGGCUGAGGCCAACGCCGCCGGUGGCGGCGGCGCCGGUAUUGCAGGCGGGGGCUCGUCGGCCCCGCCAGCGCCGCAGUCGGCAUUGUCGAGACGGGCGAGGAGGGAUCAUGAUGGUCACCCUAAGCUGCUGUCGGUGACGGCGAUCGGCGAUGAGUUGCCGACGAAUCACUCCUGGCUGCCGGCGCCGGGGGUGGCCGUGCUGGAUGGGGAGAGGAGGGCGGAACAGGCGGCGCACAGCGGGAGCCGAUCGCCGCCCCACGGCCGGUCGCCAGACUCGGAGACGUGUGCAGCGCCGUCGAGCCCCAGUGGCCGCGUGGGGCCCGAGAACUCGGAGGAGCGCUGCAGCCCCGGGCGCCUGUGCCCCGUGUGGCCGCCCCCGCGGCCAGCGGCGGAUGAGGACAAGCUGGGCCUCAAGUACACGGAGGCCGAACACCUGGCGGAGGUGCAGAAACUCAAGCGGGAACACCAUGAGACCCUGAGGAGCCUCCAGGAGGAGUUUGACCUGAAGACGUUCGAAGUGCGGGGUGAGUACGCCUCCGUGGUCGCCGACCUCGAGCAAAAGGUGGACGACCUCCAGCGCGACCUCUCCGCGCUGCACCUCGCCGCCGCGGCGGGGGGAGGACGCCCGGAGCCCGGCCGGGGGGGGGCCACGCGGGGCACCCGGGACGUGGGCGUCGACACCCGCGAUGGGGACCUCCCGCGCGCCUUCAGGAACGUCCUCGUGCAGACGGACCGGCUGGGCUUCCUGCAGCAGCCCGAGGGCGGGGAGGAGGACACUGGCAGGACGGCGCCCGUGCGCCUCAAGAAGUUCUUCAGCGCCGAGGAAGCGUUCAGCGUGCUGGGCGCAGAUGGCGCGGUGACGAAAAAUCCGGCGGCUAUACCGCCACCGCCGCCGCCGCCGCCACCGCCGCCGCCACCGCCGCCGCCGCCGCCGCCGCCACCGCCGCUACCAACCGGACACAAUCCACCGCUACGCCCGUUACCACCAGGUUUGGUAGUAGCAGCAGCACCGCCGCCAACACGACCGGCGCAAUAUUGUUGUUCUUAUUAUUGUUGUUGUUAUUAUUGUCCAGCACCUACUCCAUCAUCACCACCAGUAGCAGCAGAACACAAUCUAACCAUCACCGCUGUCACCAACACCAGCACUGUCUCCACCACUGCUAGCAGUUGGACACGAUCCACCACUACCCCCCAUCAUUUCACCACCAGAAACACCAACACCACCACCACUAAUAUCACCACCACAACAAACACCACCACCAUCAACACCACCUGGCAGCUACUCGCAGCAGGACAAAGUCACCAUCUCUUCCUCCUUCACCACCGCCACCACCACCAGGUCUCGCUCGGGCCUCCUCCACCACCACCGCCACCACCUCCGCCUCCUCCCCUGGGUCUGGGGGGGCCCCCGCCCCCUCCCCCGCUGGGGGGCCUGGGUGGGGGCCGCGAGGGGAAGCCCCGGAGGGCGGCGGUGGAGCCCAAGCGGCCCAUGAAGCCGCUCUAUUGGUCCCGCAUUCAGAUCAAGGCUGAGAGUGCCGCGGAAUCACGCUGUCUCUGGGCGCAGCUCGACGAGCACCCCAUCGAUCCGAGCGAGUUCGAAGAGCUCUUCUGCAAGAGCGCGCGGGCUGAGAAGAAGCAGCCGCUCGCAGAGAGCUACGCCAAGAAGUCCCGCGCCAGGCAGGUGACGAAGCUUCUGGACGGGAAACGCUCGCAAGCCGUGGGGAUUCUCAUGUCGAGCCUCCACCUCGACAUAAAGGACAUCCAGAGAGCCGUCCUGGAGAUGGACACGUCGCAGGUGGACCUGGAGACGCUGCAGGCCCUCUUCGAGAACCGAGCCCAGAAGGAGGAGCUGCUCUCCAUCCGGUCGCAUGUCUCCUCCAACAACGCCUCAGCCGACGCCAAGCCCCUCGACAAACCCGAGCAAUUCCUCUUGGAGCUGUCGCAGAUCCCGAGUUUCAGCGAGCGCGUGUUCUGCAUGACAUUCCAGUCGGCCUUCUCCGAGGGCAUGAGCGGCGUGCGGCGCAAACUCGACCUGAUGCAGCGCGUGUGCACGAGCCUGCGUGUGGGCACCGGCGUGCAGCGCGUGCUGGGGCUCGUGCUGGCACUGGGGAACUACAUGAAUGGGGGCAACCGCACGCGCGGCCAGGCCGACGGCUUCAGCCUCGACAUCCUGCCCAAGCUGCGUGACGUCAAGAGCAGCGACAACCACACGAGCCUGGUCUGCUACCUGACCUCCGUCUACCUGCGCUGCUUCGACAAUGACGCAGGCACGGAACGGAGCGUCUUCCCGUUGCCCGAGCCGCCCGACCUCCUGCAGACGUCGCACAUGGCCUUCGAGGACUUCUCCAAGGAGCUGCGGCGCCUGCGGAGGGACCUCAAGGCGUGCGAGUCCGAGACGGAGAGGGUCUGUACCACCUCUGCACCAGAGAACCUCCAGCCUUUCAAGAGCAAGAUGCAAGAUUUCCUCACCUCUUCGAAAAUUCGUCAGGAGACAGAAGAGCGCUUCCUGGAGGAGACUCAUAAGAACUUCUUGGACACGGCGGAGUUUUUCUGCAUGAAGCCACGGAACGGCGAGAAGGAGGUGACCCCGACCCAGCUGCUCGGCCUCUGGGCCGAGUUCGCCGCCGACUUCAAGGAGAGCUGGAAGAAGGAGAGCAAGCGGAUCGUCGCCGAGCGACUCCGAGAGGCACAGAAGCAGUACACGGUGCGCACGGCACCCCCGGGACAAGUCACGCUCACCGCCAAGAAGGCAGACGGACUGAAAGCACGGCUGCGUCUCAAGGCGACGUCUUCGAUGUCGGAGGUGUGAGCGUGCGGCAGCGGCGAGAGCGUUGGCAUCGUUCCUCCUGCUCCUCCGUCAGCUACCUCCACCUCAUCCUUCACUGCCCAUUACGAAUCUUCAUCGUCAUGGUCAAUGAUGACGAACGCUUCUCGUCACCUCGUGAUGAUAACUAUAAUUAAGUAAUCAUCAUUGAUACCAUCAUCAUCAUCACCACGUCCAUGUGGUACCAUCAUUAUCUUCCUCACUGUAUCAUCCUCGUCAACACCCUCUCCUAGUGUCAUCUCAUCGUCUGAAUCGUUAGGUAUCACGUCGUCGUCAUCAUCACCUCCUCAGUCAUGUUCAUUCUGCAAGUGCUGCCUAAUCACCCACGGUCACACGCUACCUCCUCCUCAUCCGCCACCUCAUUCCUCCUCGCCCUCAUGCUCACCUCGUCACCAUUCACCUCGUCGCACGCACUGACCCCUUCUCGCGACGACAGCUUUACAAUCAAAAUCGUGCUUCCUCGGGAGAACGCAACAACAACAACAACAACCACCACCACCACCACCAACGGGGCGGGGUGGCUGGAGAAGUCAGGGACUCGGCUGAUGUCGGCGUCACCGAUGCGUCUCGCGCGGUAGUUUUUCGUUGCCGUUGUUGUGCUAAAGCUACUGCGCCUCAUUUAACGUUCAAUUUUAAACCGGCUCAGGUGCCAGUGACGGCGUCGCGGCUGUUGUUGCUAGGAUUACCCAAAUAAGCUUUUUAAUCAAUACGUUUUGUUUUUUUAAAAAGAGUUCACGUUCGCAAACGACCGCGCGUCUUCUCGUGCCGCGCGCGAUGGGAAGCGACACGCGGGCGUCUGUGGGACGCUGCCGGCGACGACGGCAACAUCCGAGGGAUUUGUUGUCGAUGUUGGUUGUUAUUUUAUUUUGUUUUGCACAGUGGCGGCCAGGCAGAGAGACGGACGGACAGACACAGGACAGACAGACAGACGCACGACCUCACGGCGACGAGACUGACACACACUGACACAGACGCGCGCUGAGAAACGUCUGUAGACACACACACGGGACGCAUGCACGCACGCACGCACGCAUCUCAACAGAUCUAUAGGCAGACAGAAGCACAAAUACGCACGCAUAGAAGCAGGUAUGCAUUUAAACACACAGACUCCGACACACGGACACGGACAAACAGACACAGACGCACACUACGAAACAGACACGCAGGCGCGGACACACGUAUACAGAUACUGUACGAAGGUAACAAAAAAAAAGACCCCCCAUGUAUAGCCGUCACAGACUGUUUGGGGGCAUAUCGACGCAGACACGCUCAGUUAGGCACAUGAACACAGACACGCACACAGACAACAUUCUCACGCGAUAGUCGGGGGGGUGUCGUGGACGCGUCGACACGAGCCGGCCCAAGUGUUGAACGUGUGCUGUGUGUGCAAUGCCGCGAUCGUGCUCAAUAAACCUGCCCGGGGUGGCUGACUUGCCCGGGUUCAAAUCCGGGUGUCAGCCGCAUGGUAAAACCGGG